AUGGACGAAGAACAAAUCAUACGUGAUAGACUUUCUGUUGAAGAGAGAAACCUCCGCCGCGUUACUAGGAAGCAUGUCGCUUUAAUGAAUUCCUUGGAACAAGGAAACAUUAAAGAUGCACGACAACAGUUUAAUGAUUUCAUGGUCGAUUUCUCGUCGUAUGAACUUACCCUUACUCGAUUUCAAGCGAUUCAUGAUAUGAAUUUGCAAGAAACACAACAUUGGAACGAAGAAGCUCGAAGAAUUGAACAAGAGAUUGAGCAGACCAUGUUGGUCAUCAAGAAUUUGGAGAAAGAUUUGGCACAAGAAGAAGAAAUACGUAGAAAUAAAACAGAAUAUGAUCAAUUAGCAGUUGAAAUCAAUGAACAAAAAACUCGUGAGGAAUCAUUAAAUGCGAUUGCAAAAUUAGAUGAAGAAAUACUUUCGCUUGAAGAAAAAGAUAGAUUAUUAGACGAAACAUUAGAUCGUCGUAGAUCACAACUUCAACGUAUACUAACAGUAGUACAGGAAGUACAAAGCGAGAUUGUAGUAGAAAGAGAACAAACCCCUCAAGCUAUUGGUGACGAGGAAGAAGCUGUUACAACACCUGAUUCUAUGAGGAGUGAAAUCGUUUCACCGAUUAAUAAUCCUUCUUCACCCGCUGAACAGGAUAAUAGCAAUAAUAGCCCUCCACAAGUAAAUGGUAUUAACGGAAUCAAUUCAUCAUCUACUAGUAAUAUAGCAGAUGAUGAAGGAAGUGAUAUUCAUAGGAAUAGUAGGAACAGUAGGAAUAGGAACGAUGAUGAAAAUAAACAACAAAUUUCUCCACAACUACAAAGUCAGGAAGUCAGCUCUUCGGAUAAUUUAACUGAAGUUGGUGAAGAAGUUGGUGAAUUGGUUGGUGAAUUGGUUGCAGAUGAAGAGGCAGAGGCAGAGUUGAAUCAAAAUGUCGAAAUUGAGGAUCUGGAUGAUGGGGAUGUAGUAACAAGUGAUAAUGAAAAGAAUACCGUAAAAUUUGAGGAAGAGAAUAAUGAUAUUCCUUUGCAUAGUGAUGAUGGUGAUGGUGAAAUUGUGGAAGAUUCAGAUGAAACCCCAAGGGAAAAGGUUCCUCGAUUAUCUGACGAUGAUGAAGGAUUAAUAGAAGAAAGCGAAGAGGACGAAGGGGUAGCAAUUAAAGAUGAACAAUAA